ACUCCCCCCCAUCUCUCUCUCUCUCGCUCGCUCUCCCUCUCCUUCCCUGUCCUUCUCGCGCUCCAAUUUAGCUCGUUGAAAACAUGAAGGAAAAGAGGCGCAAAUUCCAGAGGCGACCAAAGUCAAGUGAAAGUUUCUCCUGAACUGGGAUCUCAUCAUUACCUAGCGGAUGGACGGACAGGAAGGAAAAUAUCAAUUCAAGUCCUUGCCGUGAUAAGCGCUUAGAUGAAUAAACAAUCGCUGAAGUCAUAAACUGCGCUCGCUCGUGGAUGUGUGACAGUCGCGCCCGCGUGCGUUGAGCCAGCCGAACUCGAGGCAUUCGCUCGGGCUCUAGGUUCUGUCCACUGAAGGUCAGAGACUUCAAACCGAGAAGCAGAGGCGUCGCCACCCGCCGACUCAGCAGUCAUGGCCGGGGCGAAACCAGGAGUACACGCGUUGCAGCUCAAACCGGUGUCUGUCCAUGAUGUGCUCAAACGGGGGAGCAAGUUUGUCAAAUGGGACGAGGAGGCCAACAGCAUACCCAGCCUCGUCACCCUUAAAGUGGACCCAGAUGGAUUCUUCCUCUACUGGUCUGUUGGGACCAGCAUGGAAGUGGAAAUCCUAGACAUCAGUCAAAUCAGGGACACCAGGACAGGGAGGUUUGCCAGGAUGCCAAAGGACCCACGUUUACGUGAGACGUUGGGUUUGAACAAAGGAGAUUCCAGUCCAGAAAUGCUGCUAACUAUUGUCUAUGGCAACGACCUGGUCAACAUCUCCUUCCUCAACUUCCAAGCUGUGCAGGAUGGCUAUUGCAAGGUGUGGACUGAUGAGCUGUUUAAACUUGCCACAAACAUACUGUCCCAGAAUGCUUCCCGCAACACCUUCUUAUUCAAAGCUUACACCAAGCUGAAGCUGCAGCUAAAUCAGGAUGGGAAAAUCCCAGUGAAGAACAUCCUGAAAAUGUUCUCAGAUAAGAAACGUGUGGAGACGGCACUGGAGCACUGCGGUCUGGUCAAUAACAGGGCUGAGGCUAUAAAGCCAGAUGACUUCACCUGGGAAAUGUUCCAGAACUUUCUCGACAAACUAAGUCCCAGACCAGAAGUGGAGCGUAUUUUCGUGGAGCUUGGCUCCAAAGGGAAGCCCUUCAUGUCUCUGGAUCAGUUGAUGGAAUUUAUAAAUCGCAAACAGAGAGAUUCUCGACUAAAUGAGGUUCUUUACCCACCACUCAAGCGAGAUCAGGUCCACCAGCUCAUGGAAAGAUAUGAGACCAACACCAGCCAGCUGGAGAGAGAUCAGAUCUCCCUGAUGGGCUUCACAAAGUAUCUUGGUGGGGAGGAGAACUCUGUGGUUCCUCCUGAGAGGUUGGACAUAAUUGAUGAUAUGAACCAACCCCUGUCCCACUAUUUCAUCAACUCUUCACACAACACAUACCUCACAGUUGGUCAGUUGACGGGCCUGUCAUCAGUGGAGAUGUACCGGCAGGUAUUGCUGACAGGAUGCCGCUGUAUAGAGCUCGACUGCUGGAAGGGCCGCCCACCUGAGGAAGAACCAAUCAUCACACACGGUUUUACCAUGACAACAGAGAUUUCAUUCAAGGAAGUAAUAGAGGCCAUCGCUGAAAGUGCGUUCAAGACAUCUCCCUACCCUCUCAUCCUGUCCUUUGAAAAUCAUGUGGACUCGGCAAAGCAGCAGGCUAAAAUGGCAGAGUACUGUCGUGUUAUGUUCGGGGACGCGCUGCUCAUUGAUCCCCUGGAGAAAUAUCCGCUGGUUCCUGGUCAGCAACUUCCAAGCCCCCAGGAACUCAUGGGGAAGAUCUUGAUCAAGAACAAGAAGAAACAUCCGCACAGGGCUUCUAACGGUGGGAGCAUCAGACGCAAGGACGGGACAGACGAACAGUCCUCACCUUUGAAUGAUUGUCCAUUGUCUGAUGGGGAGGUGGGCCAGCUCAUGUCCAAUGGGGGCGAGAAGCUUGCAGAAAGGAUGGCCAAAGAUCUUGAUAUCCGCAAGUCUAUUGACCGGGGAGAUGGGGAGAGUGAUGAAGAGGAGGAAGAGGAACCCAUUCCAGAUCCAAAGAAACACAACAACACUGACGAGGGUACUGCGUACAGUGAAGUGAACGCUACAGAGGAGAUGUCUACGUUGGUCAACUACAUAGAACCUGUCAAAUUCAAAUCCUUUGAGGCGGCAUCCAAGAGGAAUAAGUAUUUUGAGAUGUCAUCUUUUGUGGAGACCAAAGGCAUGGACACAUUGAAGAACUCUCCCAUGGAGUUUGUUGAAUACAAUAAAAAGCAGAUGAGUCGCAUCUACCCCAAAGGGACGCGUGUGGACUCUAGCAACUAUAUGCCACAGCUCUUCUGGAACGUGGGUUGCCAAAUGGUGGCACUAAACUUCCAAACUCUUGACUUGCCGAUGCAGCUGAACAUGGGGGUGUUUGAAUAUAAUGGCCACUGUGGUUAUCUGCUGAAGCCGGAGUUCAUGAGACGCACGGACAAACACUUUGACCCCUUCACUAUGGACAUUGUGGAUGGCAUCGUAGCCAACACAGUUAAAAUCAAGAUCAUCUCAGGUCAGUUUCUGAAUGAUAAGAAGGUUGGUGUUUACGUGGAGGUGGACAUGUUUGGGCUUCCUGCAGACACUAAAAGGAAAUAUCGAACGAAAACAUCUAACAACAACUCUCUGGACCCAGUCUGGGAUGAUGAAACCUUUGUGUUCAACAAGGUGGUGUUGCCCACCCUAGCAUCUCUGCGAGUAGCAGUGUAUGAAGAAAACGGGAAGUUUAUUGGCCAUCGCAUCUUGCCAGUAUCAGCACUGCGCCCAGGAUAUCACUACAUCUGUCUGAAGAAUGAGCUGAACCAACCGCUUAUGCUGUCAUCCCUGCUUGUGUACACUGAGGCACAAGACUACAUUCCCAACGAGCACCAAGAGUAUGCAGAGGCUCUGACAAACCCCAUCAAACAUCUCUCUCUGCUGGCCCAGAGAGAAAGGCAGCUUUUAGCACUUAUGGAGGAUCCCACUGAGGGUGGACCUGUGAAACAAGAGGAAGGAGACAAGAUUGACUCUGGCUUCGUGACCUCUGUUGACCCCAUCUGUCCUCUGCCAUCUCCAAUACUUCCUUCUGUGCUCACCGAGGUCAUGAACCCUCCUGCAUCAGGCCAAAAAGAAGAUUUGGUCAACAAUAUUCUUAAAGUAAUUGAACCUCAGUCCAUUGAUGAGCUCAAACAGCACAGCUCCUACCUGAAACUGUUGAAGAAGCAAUGCAAGGAACUCAAGGAGCUGAAAAAGAAACAUCUCAAAAAGAUGUGGGCUCUCAGUAAGGAGCAAAAGACUCGCUGUAAUCAGCAUAACUCUGACCUCCAGAGGAAACGGAGUCAGGUGGAGAAGCGUCUGCGUUCCAGUCUAAAGAAAAAUGGGUCAGAGGAUCCGGUGCAGAGGGAACUGAGCGAGCUGAAUAUGGAGCUGCAGAAACAGACGGAGCAGUUCAGAGAGGAGCACAUGCAGGAGCUUUUUAUGCUUAGACAGGCACAACAUCAGACAGAAAAAGAGGCUAGACAAUUCCACCUCAAUGAGGCCAAUCAGAAACUGAGGGAAAUAGCCAGAGAAUGCCAAGCAACCCAGAUCAAGAAACUCAAGGAAGUGUGUGACAAAGAGAAGAAAGAGUUACAAAAGAUCCUGGACAGGAAGAGGCAGAACAGCAUCACUGAGGCCAAGAAAGCAGAAAAGGACAAGGCUGAGGCCAGGGAGCUGAAUGAGAUCAAUAGAAAACAUAUCAGUGAUUCGGUCAGCUUAAUCCGUCUGCUGGAAGUGUCUCAAGGGAAGCGUCAAGAGAAGUUAAAAGCCCUUCACAAGGACAUCCUUCAGAAAAUAGAGGAAGAGGUUCCUAUGGAUCAGGCCCGUCUAACACGCGACUGCGAGGCAGAGCUGAAGCGAUUGCCAGAGGAGAUCUUACAGUACGUGCAGGAGCUCAUGGGUCAGGCCCCUCCCUCUAACUGCAGCACGCCCCCUUAUUCCUCCCCCAACAACAGCUGGACCAGCAUGGACAAUAUCUCGCCCUCACUGCUGGACCCCUCCUCCACCUGAAACACUCCUGUCAAGUCAGAGACGGAUACUACUUGAGUGUACUAGUGAUACUUUGGUUUGUUUUGUUUUUCUUAUCACUCUCCCCAAUCCAUUCCUGUCCGCAGCAGAUUUUAAGAAUAGAUAUAGUAUUGCUAAAAGUUGUAUGCAUUUUUAGAGGAAUUGUGUGGGGAGUUUUUUUUUUUGUUUUUGUUUUUUGCUGCAUACACUUUACCACUGUCUGUCUGAAUCAACCCUGAUGUCGUUUUACUUGAUUUUUAUCCAAAUUCCUGUUUUAAUCCAUAACACAGUGGAUUUUAUCUAGCAUUAAUAAUGUUGUCUCUCGUACAUACUACCACCUGUACGUAAGAUGCCUGUGGAAACCAGAGGGAUGGGGUAUUCUAUUUAUUUCUGAUGUAUAUUGUGCACUUUGCAGCUUUAUGUGUAGUCCAGCGAGUUGUCCUGAAGGUGGCAGUGUAAAUUUGGCAGUAAUCUGAUGCCGUGAUGCUAGCGCUAGGCUCAUGCUGAGUCUAAAAGGUACGUGUUUAUAUAACAAUGCCCAGAAGGACUGUUGCUUAUACACCCCAAACACAAUUCAUUUCACAGCGACGAAUCAUCCUGUCUUGUGAAUGUUGAUCGGGUCUGAGCACACUGUCUGAAAAAUGCUUGCCACUCUGGCAGUACCCUUAAGGGAUAAUUUUGGACCUGUCUACCCCUAAAAGGUGCAUAUUAAUACUUUAGAGUAGUAAUAUGUACCCUUAAAGUAAUAACUUUCAGGUCUUAAUAAGGUACCAAGUUGGAAUCAACGGGAAUGUCCCAGUGGAAAGCUGCUGUAGGCGUAAAUAUAAAAUUUUUUCUUAAAAGUGUAUAUUGUGUUUGUUUGUGCCCGAAGACACUUAAAUGUUUAAGUGCCUCACAUUUACAUGUUCUUCACUUGAACUCUCUCACCCAGUAAAUGCUUUCUAAAAUCCCAUAAUCCCACUCGCUGUCUUUCCCGUACCUCCCCCGUAUCAGUCUCUCUGUCGGUUGGCUUAAUCUAAUCUAAUCCAGAAUCUGUGUGUAAUUGGCAGAGAUCUCGCAUCUCACACUGAUAUCCGGUGAUGUCUAGGAAACUUCAUGCACCACCAUUUUAUUUUUUUGGCCAAACCCUGUUGAAUCUACUCACGUUCUGGGUGCAGUUUCACGUCACAUUCCAUCUCAGGAACGCUGCACACAAAUCCCAUCUGGUUUAUCAGGGUCUAUUCAGAGUCAUGUUGCAUAAUAUGCAACAAAGCAGAGCAUAUGAGAUGAGUUUUUAAUGUGAGAUUGAAGCAAGACUUUUACAGCUUAGCUCUGAUCACCACAAUCCAGGGCUUUUUUAAUCCAUUAGAAUGUAUGAUGGUUGGAUUUUGCUUUCUCGUAUUGUAAUCCCCCCCCCACACACACACUUCAUUUUUACUUUAAUAUAUUUGGUCAGUUUUUUGGUUCUAUGGCCAAGUGCGUCUUUUCCCCACUCUUUUUUUUUUUUUUUUUCAUUCUCUUUGUGUCUCUCAGGGCUCUGUGGCUCAAUAUUAUUAAGGCAGUUGGAGUUGAGCAAGCAUCAUUACUCUGGUGUGCUUGGUGCAUUAUGAUCUUGAUGGAAGCACUUUGAGAAAGACAAUGAUUACAGCACUUAUGAUUAUAAAACAAUAACCUAAUAUGCAUCAUGAACAUGACAGUUCUUCUCCAUGCUUGGAUGAUAAUAUUUCCUAGUGUGAUUUACAAAGUGUGUGUGUUUGUAUGUGUGAGGUAAGCGCUGGCUGUGAGAAUGGACACCGCACAGUAGAGUUUAGAAAGCCAGAAGGCAAAAGGGCUGAAGUGAGAUGGACAACACCAUCUUUUACUAUGAGAAGUGAGCAUUGAGGUUAGCGUGAGUUUAAAUGACUCAGCCCAUAUAAUGUGUUCAAAUGAUAAGUCGAUAGCUUUAUAUACCGUAUGAACAGGGAUAAACGGUACUUGCAUGUCAACAUUUCUUCUCUCCAUGUCUCAUUGUCUUUGGAGAAGGAUAUUAGUGUUGUACAUACUACCUGGAAAUAUUAAUGUGUGUAUUUUAGUCGAAACCACAUGAGUUUAUAUCGAUUUAUAUAUAAUUAAUUCCAUUUUAGACGUAAAUUAAUUCUACUACUGACUAGAGGAGAAGUUGAGGGUGACGUCUGUCUUUUUGCUUGCGUCUUAUGCUGGUUAAGUGUCCCAACAACACGCACACACUAUACAGUCAUCCUAAGAACUGUCUUCUGCUGCCUGUCUGACAUUUAUUUCCUGGUCUUUGACACUUUAUGAUUGUCUUGUUCUUUACAGAGGCAUGAUUCUAUAUUGUGCCUAUGUAAUAUCACAUUAUGGUUCUCUGAUGUGUAUAGACAGUAGUAAUGAUUGAAUGGCGCUAUUUUAUCAUUAAAAAAAAAAAAAAAAAAACACCAUUUCCUUUUUUGAAAUGAUGUGAUUUAAAAACCCACUUUUUAGUGUCUUAAAAUGGGACAAAAUUCAGGUUCAGGUUCAGAUUUUUUGAUUUUAGCACCUUUUAUUAAUGCUUCUGUAAAGUAUGUUCUGUAAAUUGAGUUUGUUGUUGGUAGGGUUUUUUUUUUUUUUUAAGCAGACAUUAGCUAAUUUCAGUCUAUAAUCAGACAUCCUCAGGGGACAAGCCAGGCUGGUCCAUCACACAUGUGGGCCAAACUGAGUGAUGCUGGUGUGUGUACUGAAAUCUGUGAGGACUGCAGUCAGACUUUAAGGGACAAAACAUGCUUACCCAAGGGCUAACUUCUGCUCGGCCUCAGUUACAGUUUUAACCAAGUACAUAUCUCAUAGUUUCUCUCUCUCUGCAUGUGUCUCUUUAUCACCUUCCUACUGAAACACUCUUUUGUUAACACUGUAUGUAGAUAGUGUACUGGUCUGCCUUGUUUAAAGGGAAAAUUAUUACUCUGGAUGUAAUUUUUAUUGCCUCAAUAAAUAAUAUAACUGUACAUUCAAUAAAUACAUGACAUUGUCAAAAA